CACUCCAUAAGUACUCCGUCGUUCGAUGGGGUGCGAAAGUACGAAUACGAAGUAGGGCAUCUUGAUGUUUUUAUACCACUCAAUCUUCACAGACUCUACCAAUUAUACUCCGUAAAUCCCGAGAACUGUCCUGGAGCAUUGCCCCGGGCAUGCAAAUGAUACUACCCCGUACUCCGUACCCCUAAGGAGUGUCCGUAAUGACCUCGAAAGGUGGCUGUGCUCCCGACUCGACACAGUCGCCGAACGACUUCGAGACAUCGCUGCCAGAGAACUGCGUGGAAUACUUCUUAUUCCUUGUGGAAGAACCGAGUCUAGACCGACGGAGAAAGAUCUCGAAACUCGAGGAGCUACGGAAAUCCGCCCUUCGAUUCUCCAAAGGGGUUUUAGCCGAUUAUAUAUGGCAAAAGGAUGAGUUCAACCUAGAACUGAGGGACGAUUUGAGUCUACCCCCGCAUCUUCAUGGCAUCACUGAGUACGGGGACUCGGUGGAGGACGAGUGGCUCAUGGUCUAUCUUCUACGGGAGCUGAGCCGAUCUGACACCAAUCUAUGGGUGAGAGUGUCUGACAGUGACGGAGAAUUCCUUCUCAUCGAAGCCGCGGGCGUCCUUCCCAGGUGGCUGAGUCCCGAGACGGAUCACAAUCGGACCUGGCUUCAUCAGGGCAAACUAUACAUCGUACCUCCUGGUAAGGGCGCGGACAGCGAACUCCGGCGCCUUUCUCUGUCCGAUGCUCUGUCAGUCAUCGAAGCAAGCCCGGGCACCCUGGUCCACUCGGAUCUGGUCGAGGCGGAGGCGUUCUACAGGCUCGAAAAAUAUCCAGGGCAUAUCGCCAGCUCCUUGCAUCACGCCGUGGUGACGAUUCCCCGCAAACUAGCCUUCGUCCUCCAUGAAAGACCCAAGGCCGUCGCACCGGCCGUGGAGGCCUUCUACCUCCGAGACGAUGCAUCACUACGACCGUUCUGCUCUUCUCCCUCGACUACUCAGCUCCACUUCCCUCCCCAGGAUUUUGUCUCCGUCAGUGUACGAUUCACUCGUGUGCUCUUCUCUCAGAUACUCUCUCAGCGAUUCGAUCCACCUCCGGCGUGGGCAGAGUUUCUCGCCAAAGAACCGACGCCUGAGGCCCGUCACCGAUUGGAAAUGGGCAUGAAACUCACAUGUGGGUUCGAAUUGAUGGUACACCGCCUGGACAAGACUGAUAGUCGCGUUGUGCGCGAGGUGGGCAUUAUCCUGGACGACAUCAAAGAAGAAGGUGAAGUGAAUAUACUACCUGGCGACCAGGACAUCAAGGCCUGGAAAGAUUCGACGCGUCAAGAUGACGAAUCUUGGCUGGAUAUCGACUACCGAGACCUUGAGCGGGAGUUAGAGGGGAAAGCCAAGGGUGGUCCCGGUACCGAAGGGGGGUUUGGGGACGUAAGGACCCAGGCUGAUCUACGCAAGCUCGUGUCCCGGUUCGAAACAUUUCUCAACGAUGAGAGCGCCGGAGUUGAAGGUGCUGAACUGAGCGACAUGGAUGUGGAGACCGACUCGGAGGGGGACGGCACAGAUGACGACGAAUAUGAAGACGAAUACGAAGACAAACUUGUGAGCUUUGACGAGGAGGCCUUUGCCCGCAUGAUGAAAGAGAUGAUGGGCCUGCCGGUUGAAGUAGAGACGGCCUCUCAAGGAACGACUGCGGCAAAUAAAAGCUCCGUCUCCGCAUCAAACUCGACUCAACAUCUGAAUGGGGCAGACAGCACAUGCACUGAUGAGGACGAUAUCGGAAAACUCGCCUCACAGUUUGAAGCCGAGCUCAAUGAAAACGGUGCUCUAAAACUCGACCCUAUACCGCAACAGGGGGCAAUGUUAAGGGGAAAGGAGUCACCUCUGCGUACAUCCGCCAUGGAAAGUGGCGAAACGGAACACAGCGACGAUGAGGGAGAAAUUGAUAUCGACUAUAACUUAGCCAAGAACCUUUUAGAAAGCUUUAAGGGCCAGGCUGGUAUGGCCGGUCCUGCCGGUAAUAUGCUGGGUAUGAUGGGCAUAAGGCUACCAAGGGACGAAGAUAGCAGCGAGGAUGGAAGGGACACGUCAGGGUAGGUAAGGUAGGGAGGUAGGCGAUGACACUACGGAGUACCGUACCUAGGUAGAUAGGGAGCACAUAUCACAGCGCCCCAUACGUAGCAUCACCCUGUCACACGUGGGUAUGCCACGGGCCCUCUAUUCUCUCAACAAACGCUUCAUAAUUACU